GAGAGGAAGCUCGGGCCACAGACCAGGCGGACGAGAGACCAGGAGCCGAGAGACCAGGAGCCGAGAGACCAGGAGCCGAGAGACCAGGAGCCGACAAACGGCAGCCAAGGAAAGGAAGGAAGACCCUGCUCGCUCCACGCCAACCGGAAGUGGCCUGCUUAUCGCGAGAGUCGGCGGCCCAGUGAGAAGAGGUGAGCGAGCAGCGCCGCCUCCGAGGACGGCGAGUCCGCGAGGUUCGGGUUUGUUUGUAAACAGCGAAGUCGAGAGGUUUGUCCCCAGGGCAGCGGGCAGCCUGGAGGCCACGGCGGGCGAAGGAGCAGAGAUCCAGAAUAGAGGACCAUGACAAUGACACUAGGAGUGGAUGCAUCUCAAACUCCAAAGCCUAAGGGAAAACUAACUCGUCCAAAGCCAUGCUAUCUCUGGACUACGGCAGAUGUUCAAAAGUGGUUCAAGCGGCACUGCAGUGAAUAUUUUCAGCUAUAUUCCCAUCUUCUCAUUCAGCAUGACAUCACUGGCAAGGCCCUUGUGAGGAUGACAGAAGGAACCCUCAUCAGGCUAGGCAUAGCACAUCCUGAGCACCUCGAGGCCAUCUGGCGUGAGAUUCUGAAGCUGAGGCUGAAGGCUGACAUACAGGAGAUGAAGGAAAUUGAAAUGAGUUCCAUCAUCUCCUAAAUUAAAGAGAGAGGGAGGUGCAAGUGUGAUAUAAUCAAAUUCCAUUAUCUGCUUCUCUUUUGUGUGAUAAAAACAACAACUUUAGUAGCUUUAACAUAACAGGGACAUAUAAACAGGGUUUUAGUGUUUAUUGAUUUCAGACAUGGAUUGCUGAAAUUUUUCAUUUGCUUGAUUUUCAAGAAAAUCUUGGCAUGUGAUAUAGUUUUCAGAAGACUUGUAUCUCUAACAGUAUAUUGUACAGGUAAAAUGAGUCAGGUAAACUGUUUAUUCCAUCAAAUAUUUAGAAGUGUGUUUACUCUUACUGUUUAAUAUUGAUGAAUAUUCCAUUGGCAUUACUGGUAAACUACAGUCUUUGUCAUUUUUAUGUUGAUGCAAUUCAUUUAAUAUUGUGUGCCCAGUACUGUCAGAAUAGCCUGAACCAUGUAAUUUACAUUUUACAUUUAAAAAAAAAAAAGUUUACCAUAAAAAGUCAGAGAACUUUAUUCUCUCUCUCUCUCUUUCUCCCUCUCUCUACUUACCAUGUUCCUUAUCAGUUUUGUUUUGUAGAGUAGUUAUUGGCUAUGCUAGUUUUUGAUGUCCUUAUUUUGUUUUUAUUUGUUAAUUUAUUUUCAAAAUUUGUUUACCGGUAGUUACCAAAAAGAAAUGCCAGUUCUAGGCAGCAUAGGUAAAGCAACCAGUUUAAUUUCUUGACAUUAAUAUUUUUAAAAAUCUAAACAUAUGUGAAUUACGGAAUUGAAAUAGCAGUUUACUCCUUGAUAACUAGUGCUUUUGAAGCCCUCUGUAUGUAAACAGAGUUGAUGAAACAAAACUACAGUGGACAGUGUAAUUAUGCCUGCUCUCCUGCCAUCAAUAGGUUAGAUUCAGAAAUGGAACACGUUUUACCUCUCUCAUUUGCCUGCAUAUCCAAAAAAUCCUGUAGCAAAUACUGAACUGUGUCUAUUGGCAGUGGUAGUAUAUACUGAUUCUAGGCUUGUGAGGCAUGAAAUGUCUUGCACUGACUGGGAUAAUAGGGACCCACUUGAAAUUCACACCCCUAAUAUCAAGAAUGAACCCUUUUCACUCAGAGAACUAGUGGCCUUAAAUUUAUUUGUUGUUGUAUUAGAAGAAAAUUUGUUUGAUCAGAGUUUCACAUUUUAAAGCCCUAUUUGAUACCCAGGCAUGAAAUUGAAUUUUAUAACUUUUGGCCACUAAUUAGAGGUAGAAAUGCAACUUGGUAAAUUCCUAAUGCUUUUUAUAAAACAGUAACUUUUUUCCCAUUUCUUGUAAAGAAUUAUAUCAAAGAGCUUUAUCUUAUCAAAUAAGAAGCUCAUAAUGUUUCCAGACAGUAUUAUUAGACUAUAUGUAUCAGCUGUAAUAUAAAAUUGCUUUAUUUUUAAUGGUAUAAGUUAUAUACUCUGUGGCUUUUUCUUCAACCUUUUGUAAUGUUGAAAUUUGGAAUUGUGCAACAAAAGAUGCAAAAGCACAAAAGUGUCCUAUGAAUUCCACUUUAUAUGCACAAAAUCAUGUAUUUUUGCAUUUCAGUUUGUAACUAUCCUUGUAAAAAAAAUCAAUGUAUUGUAAUUGUAAUGCAUUUUGAAACCAUUUCAGUGUUAGCAAUUAUGUAGUCUGUUUUGCUUGUGAAAUGAUUUAGCAUUUUGAAAAUAAAAUGUUUUUAGCUAUAAUUAAGUGGAUUGUGUAGGACUCUGUUAUAUUUGUCAUUCCAUGGUUCAUGUUAUCAUCCUCUUUUUGGAAAUAAGAAAUUUUGUUGUAACAUCAGUUGUUGCAGAUUGCUCAUUUACAGGCAUUAUGAUACUGAUUCAUCUUUUUGUUUUAUUUUUUAAGCCAAAUGAUAACACCAUGACACUUUUUUUUGCAAAAGGCUAAAAAAAGAUAACCACAAUAAGAAAUGCUAGAAUUUAACCCCUUGUGGAUAGAUGGCAAAAUUUCCAAAUAAAUUCAGAUUUGAAGAAAAUGUUUUAUAUUCUAAAACAAUGUUGGUAAUGACAAAGAAACCUGUUCUCAUUUAUUAACAUCAUUUUUAUGUUUGUGAAGGAGUGUGGAAGGUGUUGGCUGGUGAAUGUGAGGCUUAGAUGAGGUAAGGGUGGUUGAUACAGUGAGGCUGGCUCCUUCUAUUUCCUAUACCUGGUAACCACCAGUCGUGAAAGAUCUUGGAAGAAGGAAAGAAUAAAAAUGCAUUUUUAACUAUUUACUAUUGUCUCUAUCCAUGUGAUAUUUCCAUAUGUUUGUGUGCCCUUUGGUUUUUCAUUUAAUGUUGUGCAUAUGUGCAUUAGUGUGUGUGUCUGCAGGUAUGUGUGUGGAAUUUUUAAAAAUUGGCUAACAGUGUCUACAUGAAGAAGCAGUGUUUGUUGGGAUUUGUCUGUCUUCAUGCCUGCCCGUAUUGUUGUCCAUGGGACAUCCAGUCAAAGGCAGGAAUAAGAGGAGGUGCUCAAUAGAGCUGUGUGUGCUGUGGUAACCAUGGUGAGCAACAACAAGAAUUAUUAUAUGGGAAAAAGGGCUUUACACAUCUAGACACUGUCUGGUGAUCGGGCUAAAACUCCAGUAUGGAUACUUGGUUGGUUUGCCUGUGGAUGCAAGCAAAGUCUGUCAACAAGCAAGCAAGCCUAUUUUUUUGCCUGUCGAAUGUUUUCUGUUUGUUUAUGUGUCCAUUUGUAUGUGUGAGAAGAGUUAAAAUAACUAUGAUAAUUGAGGAUGCAAUGGGACCUGUCCUCACCUAGAUGCAUGUAAUAUUUCAGGACCUCCAAGGGGUUAAUGUGAGCCUAAACAUUUAAUGGCUUAAUUUUUUUCACCUUGAAUUUGCGUCCUUUCCUUUUUCAAUCUGUUUCUAUUUUUCUUGUUUUUUUUUUUCCUUUAUCAUAUUGUAUUGCAUGUUUUAGUAACCAUUUCUUUCUUUCUUUCUUUUUGUUUUGUUUGUUUGUUGUCACAUCCUAUAUUGUUUAUCUUUCAUUCUAGUUAUGCAAGAAAAUUGGAUUAUUUGGUCAGUAUCAAAAUGUCUCUUUUUUCCUAUCCUGUUAUGCACAAAAUUCAAAACAUAUCAUUACUCUGUAGAAAAUUUCAUAUUUAUACAAGCUCAUUGUGAUAUAAACUGUUAUUUUUACAGCUCAUUAGUUGAUAUUGGCUCCUUUCAACUCAAGAUAUUCAAUUUAUUAUCAUUUGGAGCAUUGUAAUCUAGCUCUGAGUGAAAAAAAAAGUUUGGUCACUUAUCAAUAUUAUUAUAUCAAUAACUGUGAUUUUUUCAUGUACCAAUCUUGUUAAAUGUGCCUUCUCAGUGUGUAACUAGUUUCCCAUCCUCUAGGUGCCAUAUUGUUAAUGGUAUAUAGUAUUAAUGGCAUUUAUUACAUGACCGGAUGCUGCCUUUUGUUCUCCCCAGCAGUAUUAUAAAAGAUGAUUUCUCUAAAGGUAGAUAUUAAUUGAUGCUGAUGGUGAAGGAUUCUAAAUUGAUCCUUGCUUAGCCUGUAUGGACAAAGGCAGUAAAGGGCAUAUUUUUGAGAUGGCAAGGUGAAUAGUAGGUGUUCCUAUUUUGAAGAGCUUGUAUACAAAUCCGGCUUUUUUAAUUACGUGUUAACUUAGGGAUGGUGAACUUCCUUAUCCUGAAGACUUUUAGAAAUUAAAUAAUAAGAAAAGCCAUA